UCGCAGGUGGCGGAGGCUCGGCCCCUUUAAGGCCGAGGCUGCCGUAACCCGAUCCGGCAGUGAGUGGCUUGUCGCAGCAGCCCUCGGAGCUGCCGCCACCCGCUGCCCCCGGAGCAUCCUGGGUGGCAGGCAGCGAAGGGCUCUCCCCGCAGCGCCGGCAGGGAUGGGGGAGGAGCUGCAGCCACACUAGCCCCCGUCUGGCCUCCCAGCCCAGGCUGAAGAAUAAUGGCUACCUUCAACAAACUGAUUAUUGGCACUGCUGUUACCAGUUUUACCAUAUUUCAGCUUCUGUUCCAUGUUCUAAGUUCUUGGGCAUCAACAAGAAUAACUCCUGCUUUUAAUAAUCUCAACCAAAAAAGGAAGAUUGAAUGGAAUUCAAGGACUGUAUCCACAUUCCAUGCCUUGGUGGUUGGUGCUUUUUGUGUAUAUAUCUUGUUGUAUGAUGAAGCUGUUAAUGCUGACCAUGUCUGGGGUGACCCUUCAAUUGUGAAACUGAAUAUUGCUAUUACCACAGGCUACCUCAUUUCUGACUUGUUUCUUAUUACUUACUACUGGAAGGCAAUUGGUGAUAAAUUUUUUGUAAUUCAUCAUUUGGCAGCUCUGUAUGCCUAUUACUUUGUACUGGGUGAAGGAAUGUUGGCAUAUUUUGGUAACUUUCGUCUUCUUGCAGAGUUCUCUACUCCUUUUGUGAAUCAGCGAUGGUUCUUUGAAGUGCUGGGGUACCCUAAAUCUUCAAAAGCCAACAUCAUCAAUGGGGUGCUGAUGACGAUUGUGUUCUUCAUGGUGAGGAUUGUAGUCAUGCCUGUUUAUUAUGCCGACGUCAUUUCUGUGUUUGGAACAGAGGAUUUCCACAGAGUAGGAGUUGCAGCCCAAAGCGCCUGGAUUAUCUCUAGUGUUGUCUUGGAUGUGAUGAACUUGAUGUGGAUGGUCAAAAUUACAAAGGGAUGCUACAAAGUAAUUUCUCUCAUUGGACAAGAGGAAGUCAAAAUGCGUAAGAAUGGAAAAUCUGACUAGAAAUCAUAUAUGUAAAACUGAACUUCUCUAUAAAGACCAUUUGGGUUCACUGAAACAAUGCACACUUUUGCCAUAAAAUGCUCCUCUAAGGAAACAAGGUAUUGCCUCUUUAUUGAUCUUAACCUUUCUCUUGCCACACUGCCUGCAUGCCCAGGGUCACUUCAUUUAAAGACAAUCCCACUCUAUGGAAUGGCAAACAAUGGCAUAUGACAUACCAUAUGUAUAGGUUCAUACAAAUGAGUCUAGCUGUGUGUUCUAAGCACUUAACUGACAGAUGAACUUAAAAAGGAACAGACUGAUUAGUUAGUGGUCUUCUACCAGUAUGUUCCUAAAAUGUUUUCACUCAGGUGUCUCAAUGUGUUUUUUAAAGCCUCAGAAUGUUAGGAUCUUUUGUUGUAAGUUAUGCAUAUAUGGCAAGUUUCCUGCCAUGUUUCUGUGGUUUCUCUUAUUAGUAUUUGAUGUUAACAAUCAAGAUUUCAUCCUUGAUGACUUUUUUUUUUUUUUUUUUUUUUGCAGCCAAGGCUAAGAAUUUAGCUUUGAUGCUAUGAAAUAUGUUACUAACUUUCUGCUGCCUUAUAUGCAUGGACACAAUCUUUUGGGGGAUUUAUGAAACAGUUUUACAGAUACUGGUAUAAUGUAUUGUUUUAUCUUUUAAAAAAUCUUUUAUGUAGCCGGAUGACUCUGCUGCUGUGCUAAUGUACUUCUAGUAGUAUUACUGUUAAAUCUGAUCAGACCUUCUGUCACAAGUUAACAUGGUAAACAGCGUGUGGAAACGGACUCAUUCUUUCGAUAGUGCUCUCUCCCUGCGAAGGCUGCUGCUGCUUCUACUUUUGAAAAGUAUUGCAACUCUGCUUCUAAAUGUAUUAUUAUUAUUUAACCAAGAGACUUCUAGGGUGUAAACAACUUAAGUAUAGGAGACUAAAUACUUUUGUAUAUGUGGCUAUGUCACAGUAACCCUCUCCCCUCCAGAGGAACCUUCUUAGUAUGAAAAUGAUCAUAUUGUGCUCAAAUGCUCAUAUAAAUAUGUAUUUAUCAUAUUUUUCUUGUUAUUCAUAUGGCUGGAAAUUUGAGGUGCUGGCCAAAGAAAGCCCAUCUGGUAAGCAAGAAGACUUAUCAGUGGACCCAACAGAGAAUAGUUUCCUUUAUUCUCUUCAAAACUGUUGAGAAGAUCUAUAGAAUGGGUCACAGAAGCAGCUGACAUUAUCAGGAACAACAUUCUGUUUUUGGAUCCACAUAGUCCUUGGCAGAUAUUCUGCUUUCUCUUCAAGCAUAGAACUUCCAGUGAUGUCUGUGGGAGAUAAGGGAAAUUAGAGCAUGUGGGAAGAUCAGAAUAUGAAAGAGAUGCCAAUCUCAGAGAAUUGUUUUCUCCCAUAUAACUGUUGUGGAGCAGCUAGGUGUGUUUGUGGUGGUUUUGUUUUUUGUUUGUAGUUUUUUGGAACAAUGCUUUCUUCACUUGAUUUGUCAUCACUUGCAGUUUGUGACACCAUCUGCUAGUAUGUGCUGCUGAAACUGCAUUUUCACACACUAGUGUGGUGCUAUUACAUAAAAACAUUGUAGCAAACUACUCAAGCAACUUCUUUUGUUUUUGUUUCUUAACAUUUAUCAAAUCUUUGCCUUGUUGGGAUAUGUUUUUUGUACUGUCCUCUUUAGCAACAUCCUUCAAAGUGAAAUCUUCUUUCCUCUAAACAAAUGCAGGUGUCUGGCUAUUAGUUAGUGUGGGCUAGAAGGGAAAGCUGUAAAACAAACACAAAAUUUCCAGGAACUAGCUGUCCCUUUAUGAUUUACUAGGGCUUGUCUACACUUACAGCUUUGCUGUAGCAUUUAGUGAAGACAGCCUACAGCGAUGGAACAGCUUUUCCUGUUGGCAGAGGUACUCAAUCUCCCCAAGAGGCAGUAGCUAUAUCAAGAGGAGAAGCCUUCCUGUUGGCAUAGCACUGUCUACACUGGAGGCUAGGUCGGUAUAACGACAUCGCUCGGGGUGUGGAUUUUCCACGCUUCUGAAUGCUGCAGUAAUACUGACAUAAGUUUGUAGUGUAAAUCAGGGUUAUGUCUCCCUAGGUCACCAAGAAGACUCCACAGACUGCUAGCAAAAGUCUUUUGCAUUGUCUUGCAGUAUAGCCAAGUCAGUUGUGGCUAAAGCAGUUCAGUUCUCCUCUUUGAAGAGUACAACAGAACAUUAUAUGGGUUGAUAUAGUACUCACUUUGACAGGUGUAGUUACAUUAUUUAACUAACAGUAAUUUUUUUCAGUACUAUCUCUUUAUUUUUCAAUGGGUGGGAGGCAAAGCUUGCUAAUGCAUUCAGUUCCUUACACUGUAUUCUUGGCUAUCUUAUUGCCUUAUUAUGUAGAUUAGUUGUUCAGUCCUAGAAAGCAUAGUAACUGAAGUGUUUCUUUUAUUUUCUUUAAUUGUCAUUCUUGAAUUAGCACAGUGCCUUGUCUUUGGUACCAAUAAAUUCAUAUUAUCAGUCAAUUGACCUCCAUUACAUUUUUUAUUAAGGAAAACCUUUUUAUCAACAUGUAGUUUCAGACACUUUUUAAAAUCGUUAUUUAAUUAAACACAUCCUGCACAAAAUUCAAUAUGGGCACAAAGGCAAUUCUAUUGUAUUAGUGUUUAAAAUGGUAACUAGGUAAUUAGUGAAAGUUUUUUUUGUGUGCUGAUUUAGUAACUAAGUAUGCACAUUUGUAAUAACUUAUGUUUACAUUUUGGUUCUCUCAGCCAGUUUCAAAAUCAGUAAUUGAGUAGAUUCAAGCACUUUGGAGAAAAUACACCUUGAACAUAGAAGUAUGAUGUUUAUUAAUUCUGAAAAUAAAAUAUGGUAGGAUGAAACAUUUUUCAUAAGGAAAAUGAUUUUACAGCAAGUAAGGACUUCAUGAAAACCGCAUUGGAAGUCCAUCCUUUUUUAGCAUUCAUUUUUAAUGGCAUUUGAAUCCUACAUACAGUAAGUUAAAUUCCUAAUUUCCAAUGUAGAGUCUUCACUAAAGCUAUAAACUUUAAAAUGGUCUAUUCCCUUGUAGUCUCUAUUACACAUAAUUCUUAGAUAGUGACUAAGAGAGUCAGGUUUAUCAUGAAAAUAUGAAAGAUUAUAUUAAAACUAGAUUGGACAAAGUUCUAGAAAAUACAGUAUUGGGAACACUCUACAGUGGAAGAGGAAUGGGCUAGAUGACCUACUAAUCCAUUUGGUCCUAAUAGCUUUUAUCCUCUAUCAUUCAAUUACAUUGUUGCAGAAGAUCAGCAAAUAUAUCGAACCAUAAUUGCUAUGUCCAUUUGGUUUGACUUAAGUUCUGAUUUAUUUUAUUUGGUGUUACAAGUUUAUAUUAUAACACACAGCAGUUGUGUGCUAGAAUAAU